AUGUGUACAGAGAAGUGUAACAGCAGUCAUCAUUUGCAACUGGUCCAUUCAGCAUCAAUAAGGUUGAAUGUAUCAAUGGCCAUAACCCAGAUCUUUGUGUGGCCAUUCAUCUACAUCAACAUCCUCAUGCUUCUUACAUUUUCCAGAAAACAAGCCUUCAGAACUGAAACACGCUAUAUACUGUUUGCCCAUACCUUAUUUGUGGACUUGAUGUUUCUUGUGCUGACAGAUUUUGUAGUAAUUCUCUCAUACAGCUAUGUACUGAUGCCCAUGGCAUUCUGUAUUCCAUUUUGCAUGCUCAUGGAGACAAUAACAACAUGCACACCGCUAACUAUCACCGCAAUGUGUGUGGAACGUUACGUGGCCAUUUGCAUGCCGUUGAGACAUAGUGCUAUCUCUACUGUUAGCAGGACCCUUACAGCUAUUUUUAUCAUUUGGAUCAUAAGCUCCCUAAAGUCAUUUGUGGAUGUUUUCAUCCUUGUCAUAACUGCCUCGAAAGAAUAUCUGUCUCAGUAUACCUUCUGUCAUUAUGAAAUUAUGAUGCCAGAAAACUGGCACCGUGUAAUGAGGGGUGCUGUAUAUAUUAUUCAUUUUAUAAUGGUUUUACUUGUUGAGUUAUUUUGCUAUGUUAUGAUUGUGAUCUCUGCCCGAGCAGCCUCGAUUGACAAGAAGUCAGCAAUCAAAGGUCUGCGCACUGUCUCUUUGCAUAUGCUUCAGCUUACACUGUGUACUGUUGAAAUUAUUUGUCCCUAUAUUGAAACAUUAAUCAUGGAGAAAGAUAUUCAGUUAUAUUUGUCAGUUCGCUUUUUCAAUUUCAUAAUGUUUAAUGUCAUUGCCAGGGCAAUCAGUCCACUUGUUUAUGGCCUAAGAGAUGAAAGAUUUUAUGCUACCCUACUGUACUACAUCAGAUGUAGACAAAAUCAUGUUUCGUCUGAAAGUCCCAAAUGCAAAGCAAUAAUAGAAUAA